UUACCUACCUCUUCUGCCUAGAUAAGGAGGAAAUGGGUGUUAUGAUUCCGAGGAAUGCACAUGGUCUUGGAAUAUUGGGUUGGGCAUCACAUGGCACGCCCUUUACGGUGAUAUUUUUCUGUGUCAGAAUCAACCCUUUUCAUCCUCCUUUUCCGCUUCUUUCAUAGCUCAGUAACUCCAAUUCUAAUGGUGAGUUUUCGCAUGGUGGGUCCUUCUCAUUAAUGGGUUUUGCUGCUCAUGCGUUGCUGUCAAAUGGGUAUUGCUUAGAUUUCUUGCAUCUUUUCACGGCUUUGGUCUAUGUUGUUGGUUGUUUCUGGUAAGGGUUUGGUUGAUUGAAAGUUUAGAUGUCAAGGAAGGACUCUAUUUGGGGCUCUUGUUCUGAUUUUUUGGCCAUUGUUUGUUUCUUUCAUUGGAGUUCAUUAAAAUUAGAACGGAAAAUUUGUGUUAUUUUUUGCUUAAUCUUGUCUUGUUGGUAGACAAUUUUUUUCUGGGUUUUAGGGUUUUGUUCCUGCAAAAUUGAUCAUUUCUUAUUAAAGAAAUGGAGGGUUUUUGUUGGUUGUUAGGUUCAGGCACUGUUUUUUGGUGGUUGAUUACUGAAGACUUUUCGCCUUAGGGUUUAUCGAAAUUGAGAAUUGAAGCAAGGACAUUUUGUUCCAUGGAAAGUAGUGUGCUCUUUUAUUGAUUUGGUUUAUGUCUUCUUGUUUUUUUUUUCUUCUCCAUCUGAUUAUUGCCCUGGUGAGUUAAGAGGGCCUUGUUUCUUGAUCCCAGCAUUGUAUCUUGUUUCUGGAUUCAUGGAAUAUUUCGUCUUUGGGUUUUUCAGUCUGAGAGUUGAUUCAAAGAAGAAAAUUUGUAUUGUGGAAUUUGGGUAGUGUUCUUACAGUGGAAGGGAGAGUGAAUAUGGAUUUCUGGAUUGCUGUGGUAGCUGCUGGUGCUGGCUACAUUGCCAAUCGUUUGCACAUUCCUUCGAGAGAUGCGGAAAGUUCAUCGGAGUUACUUUCAAGGGAUUCCAAUUUUGUGACACCCGAAUCCCCACAGAUGCGGCAUCUCCAUGGCAAGGGGUGUCCCUUCCGCAAAUUGGCACAGAGAAGUAAACUAGGUGAAGAUGUUUCUUUAGAAAAGGAACAGGUUACCAAAGGUGCUUCCACUGCAGAAGUGGCUUCUACUAGUGGGUUUGGUGGUGAAAAACUGGUUAAUUUAGACAAUUGUGAAGACUGCCGUGCACUACCUAUAUCAAACUUACCACCUCGGUUCUUGAGAAAUGGAGACCUUCAAGGGGAUAAGGAAGGAGCUGGAGUAAGUGGUGACAUGGGUGAGAACUCUGGUGAUUCAUUAUUUGAACAUUAUACAGGAGAAAUGAGCUGUCCUUAUGGUUCUGCGAGGAAGAGAAGCUCUCUUAGAAGUAUACGAUCCACUAUGCAAUAUAUAAGACCUCUAAGUUCUCUGGAAAGUUGCCUCAUGGCUCAAUUGUAUAAGGAACACACUGAAAUGGAGGAGUAUGUGCUCACUUAUGUACCAUCACCAUCUACACCGUCUGUGAGGCCAUUUUUUGUGACAGAUGGGAGGAGAACAAUCAACAGAUCUACGGGUAAUUGUUUGAGUGCAUGGAAUGGAGCUGGGGAAAAUAAGCUGCAUAACAAAACUUCUUCAGCAGAGAAUGAGACUGUCUUUGGGGUUCCUCCACUACCAAAUGUUGGAUCCGUGGAGCUCCCAAGGAAAAUUGAAGUUAAGGCGCGAAAGGGGCAGAGUAGAAAAUUGAGCACUUCCAGUGAAACGGACAAUGGAAGACACUUCCUUUCACAACCUGGAUCAUUCCACGGGGCACUUAUUUUCUGUCUCGGGAUAUCUGUCGGCAUAAUAUCUUCUUUCAUAGGAAAUAAACGGGAGAUGGACAAAUUGAAUGAGUUGUUGAAGCAGACAGAGAACUUGGUUCAAGAUCUACAAGAAGAACUUGAGAUCAAAGAUUCAUUAACAGUGAAAGAACUUGCCAUUGAGGAUUAUGAAUCAGCAGAUACACAUGACGAUUAUUACAACAGUAGUGCACAACGUGCAUUUAUACUUGAACAGAAUUUGGAUGAAUCAACAAAAAAAUAUGAUGGUAAAGAAUCACAUGAUCAGAAGGCAGAGGAGCAUUCUGAAUCCAUGAGUAAAAUUGAAGCAGAACUUGAAGCUGAAUUGGAGAGGUUGGAACUAACUAUAAAUUCAUCUAGUUUGGAGGGAAGACUGGCUGAUCUCCCAGAGCUUGACGGCAACUUUAUACCAGACAUUGUUCGCGGCGAAUUAAAAGCAGACAUAUUUGAUAGACAAGCUAAUGCCCAACCUUAUGCUGACCAAGAUGGAAGCAGCACCUCCACAACUCACUCUGCUAACUAUGCAGUUUCUCCCCGAGAACUGAGCUUACGUUUACAUGAAGUCAUUCAAUCAAGACUAGAAGAACGUGUCAAGGAGCUUGAGACAGCACUUUUGGACAGCCAGAGGAAGGUUAAAUUCCUGGAGUCAGAGUGUAUGAAUUCCCGGUGGGGAUUCUCAAAUGGCGAAAUGGGAUCUUCCUCUAUCCAGGGUAGUCCAAAUGCUACAGAACAACAAAACCUUGCAGGUGAGCCUGUGGUUAUCAAUCUAUCAGGGGAAGCUCUCGAUGCAUACAACAAUGCUUAUGAUGAAUUCAUGAACAUAAAUGAGUCGGAAGAAGAUGAUUUACCAUCGGCAGGUGACAAAAAUAACCAUCAAGAGGAUUCAGAUCCAUUUGAGAGAAAUCUACAGUGGGAUCUCAAUGGUGAAGCUAGCCAUUACACACCACACCAUAUGAUGACUAAUGGUUAUGAAGGGAGGGAGGCAAGAACAUUGUUAGAGCACAUUUCAUCAGACGAUAUUUGUGCAUUUGGAGAUGAUGACAAUGUUUAUGAUGAGAUGGAAGAGCUGCUGAUCAAGAAGAUUGUGGAGAAAGCCAGGAAAGGUUCGCCCGUAGUUUUAAAUGCUCAAAGGGUGUUGUUUUCCGUGGAUGAAAAUGAGCAUUUGAGAUGAAACACAAAAGGUUUUUGCAGUAUAUAGAGUUAAAGAGAAGUGUUCUCAUAGAUGUUGAUGCACAGAUUUUUUUUUUUCUUUUCUUUUUCCUUUGUCAACUAUUUUGUACCCCAAAUUGAAAAACCGAACUCAUUAAAUUCUUCUAGUUACUUGGGAACUAGGAAAUUGUUGCAAUCCCAAGUGUAUCUGCAACAAAAAUCAAUGACAAUUUUCCUUUUCUUUUGCAGAGA